AUGGCAAGAACAAACAAAGCUCCAAAGGGCAAGGCCGCAGUAAAAGGAAAAGAAUCUGGACCUAUUAGACCCCAUGCCAAUGCAAACAGACUUUCGAUCCUUAAACCUAAAGCUAUGGAGUGGGAGUUCAUCAGCGCCAACGAACCCUUCAAAACCUGGAUCAGAACGCAGGGAUGGGGAGAGUUUCUGAAAGUUCAGUCAAAUGCCUACACUGAACUCGUUAAAGAAUUCUAUGUCAAUAUGGGUCGUCCCCUGCACAAGACUGUCGGGAGCUUGCAGGAUGUCCGCAAGUUCUACGACCGUCUUUUCGAUGCCGUAAAGGCCUUGGUCGACCAAACUGGCCUUGGUACCUUCUUUAGCCAUCUACGGGCGGCCGCCCCCCGCUCUUCUCCUGAGGUCACUGCUGCACUGGUGGAGCGGUGGUCCGAUACCACUCAUACCUUCCACAUGGCUACCGGGGAGUUCACCAUUACUCCCGUCGACUUUGCUGCACUCACCAGACUCUCGUUUACGGGCACGGUGAUCCACUUCAAUUUCGUGUUCGAGUUGUCUGGUCGAGAUCGAGAUAUGGCGCUGUUCCCUAGGGUUAACAGCGAGGUGUGCUGGGCUCUUCUUCCUAGCCUGGUUGAUUUAGUUGUUGUUUCCACUUUGGACUGGGCCAGAGCAGGGCUGGCUCAGAUGUACUACGCCCUGGACUUGUGCGCUCAUGAGCAGCGCAAGGAUCUGCUAUGCUCCCCUAUUCUUCUUCAGGCGUGGGCCUAUGAGCAUGGCUUCCUUCCUCCUCCAGUGAGGAAGGAUGCUGCCAGCUACCCAGGGUUCCCCAGGAUCACUUCCUGGAUGGACUUUUCUUCACCUUGGGGACCUACUGCUGAGUGGUCAGAGGCCAUGACUGCUUCAGCUCGACUAGUAGGACACCGCUUUCUGAUGGAGUCCCCUAUGGCUUUAGUGUGGUAUUUCGUGGAGCGAGUCACAGAUUGCUACGACAUCCCUGUUAUCCGGCUCAUUCCUCCUCACCUGCCCACUUGUGACUACCAGCCCUUCAUCCGAGAGCAGCUGCUGCCCUUCCCUGGCGCUCCUAUCGCUCCACCGCCAAGCCAGGCAGUACCAGGUGCUGAGGAGGGCGACGAUGAUCAGCCGACACAGUUCGCCCCUCCUCCUGUCCAGCAGACAUGGGUUGUAGGUGAUCCUCAGUGGGCAUUGCUUCCCACCCAGCUCUGGAGAGCAGAUGGUACAGCUUACUACCACCCGAUAGAGGUAGAUGCUAGUCUCCCGGUUGCCUUUGCUCCUGCCGAGACGACUCAUGUCACGAGAGCACAUAUGGAGCAUGCCAUGCGCCUGGUGCAUGCUAUGUAG